AUGUCUUCAAGCUCAUCAUUGUUUUCCUUGUCGCCGGUCGCGACGCCGGAGAUGGCCAACACACCCGCGACACAAAGUUCAGUGCUUUUUGAUGACGACGUGGUGGCCGAUCCUCUGGACAUAGGAGGCGCCAGCUCUUCCUUUAUCAUGGUCGUCGGCGGAUUGGGAUACAUCGGCUCGCAUACAACACUAGAGCUGCUCAAGGAAGGAUACAACGUUCUUGUCAUUGAUGACCUCAGCAACUCGUACGAAAAUGUCUUGAGCAGAAUCAGGGUCCUCGCAGAGGAAUUCUGUGCUGCCCAAGGACGACGUGUACCAGCCCUUCACUUUGAACAGCUGGAUUAUCGGAGCCCUCAGAUGCAGGCGGUACUGGCCAACUACUCAUCGUAUUCCGUCAGCAGUAAACCAACAUCAGCACUAGCUCGUUUCCCAUAUUCGAACCUGCAGCGGACAGACUCCGGGAUUGAGAUGGAGACAAGCGAAACCCCACAGCCCACAGUCGAGCGUCGGUCGAGGAUAACAGGCGUUAUUCAUUUUGCCGCCUACAAGUCCGUUGAGGAGAGUAUUCGCAUGCCUUUGAGGUAUUAUAGCAACAACGUUUGCGGCCUGGUGGAUUUCCUCGGCCUUCUCGAAGAGUUUGGUAUCAAGAACUUUGUCUUCUCGUCAUCAGCCACGGUGUAUGGUGAAGGUGCCAACUGCGGUGUGCCUCUGCGUGAAGAGCUGUGCGUACAUCACCCCGAGUCCUUUGUUGAUAGCCAAGGAUUCGAGCGUCGAGCAUUGCCGGGCGUACUGGGUCUCACUUCGCCCUACGGACGAUCAAAGUUCAUGUGCGAAUCCAUACUCGCAGAUCUUGCUCUGGCGGAUCCGACAUGGUCCAUCACUGCGCUGCGAUACUUCAAUCCGGUCGGCUGCCACGAGUCGGGCAUACUCGGUGAAGAUCCCAGGCAGAAACCGAGCAAUCUGAUUCCAGUUAUUGCAACUGUUUUGACAGGAGCAAGGCCGGUAUUGGACAUAUUCGGUACCGACUGGAAUACUCCAGACGGAACUGCUGUGCGUGAUUUCAUUCACGUAGUCGACUUGGCCCGAGGUCAUAUCGCAGCUCUGGCAGCUUCAGCAGCUGGUCGCACCAAAGCACCGUUCCGAGCCUACAAUUUGGGUACUGGCAAAGGACACACCGUCCGCGAAGUGCUCAGCAGUCUGGAGGAUGCGUCUCAACGGAAGAUUCCAGCACGAGAGGUUGGACGACGCGCAGGUGACGUUGGCUUCUGUGUGGCAGAAGUGCAGCGAGCAGAGACAGAACUCCAGUGGAGGGCUGAAAGAUCUCUCCGGGACUGUGCCGGAGAUGUCUGGAACUUCACCAAGGGUCGUUGUCCCGAUGCACCAGAGAUUAUCAGUACGACGUGCUAG